AUGGCCAAGACAAUAAAUUGUGUCGAGAAAGUGCUACACACAUCAAGAAAGGGGUCUUUGAGAAGGGCAAUUAAUAAACUUGCCAAACGGACUUCACUGCGACCUUCAUCUCCGGGUAGUUCUAAUGCAACGGAGGCGAAUAGCACUCACUCCCAUAACGAAGACACCAUGACAGAAUCUGAGAAUGUAUCAGUAGCGAACUAUAAUCAUUCAGAAACAUAUGAACUAUCAGAUAUGGAUAAUGAGUCUUUGGUAUUCUCGAAACCACCAUUGCCGCAAUCGAAUGCGAUGACUAUAUUUGUAGGUGUUUUCGUCGCCGUGGGAGGUUUUUUAUUCGGUUACGAUACGGGCUUAAUCAAUAGCAUCACAGAUAUGAAAUAUGUCAAGUCAAAUUUGGCUCCAAAUAGGGUUGAGUUCACUGCUAAAGAAAUGUCAAUUUUAGUUUCCUUUUUGUCACUGGGAACUUUUUUCGGUGCUUUAUCAGCACCCUUACUUUCUGAUUCUUAUGGCAGAAAAAUUACUAUUAUGUUUAGCACUACUAUUAUAUUCUGCAUCGGAAACUCUUUACAAGUAGCAGCCAAUAAUGUGGGCCUUUUAAUUGCAGGUAGGGUAGUAUCUGGAAUUGGUAUUGGUUUAAUAUCGGCCGUCGUUCCACUUUAUCAAGGUGAAGCCUCGCAUAAACUAUUGAGAGGAGCAAUUAUUUCUACUUAUCAGUGGGCAAUAACAUGGGGACUGCUAGUAUCCAGUGCCGUAUCCCAGGGAACACACAAUAGAAAUUCUGCAUCUUCAUAUAGGAUCCCUAUAGGUCUGCAAUAUGUUUGGGCCGCAGUUUUGGCAAUAGGAAUGUUUUUCUUACCAGAAAGUCCACGUUUUUAUGUUUUAAAAGACCAGUUAGAUAAGGCUGCUGAAUCGCUGUCCUUUUUGAGAGGAGUGCCUAUAACGGACGCUGGAUUGUUAGAAGAACUGGUAGAAAUCAAGGCUACGUAUGAUUACGAGGCCUCAUUUGGUUCCUCAAAUCUAUUAGAUUGCUUCCGGUCAAGUCCAAGCAGAACGAAGCAAACUUUACGAAUGCUUUCUGGCAUUGCAAUUCAAGCGUGUCAGCAGUUUUCUGGCAUCAAUUUCAUUUUUUACUAUGGUGUCAAUUUUUUCAGCCGAACUGGUGUAACGAACAGCUACAUGGUUUCCUUUAUCACUUAUGCGGUGAAUGUUGCUUUUAAUAUUCCCGGCUUAUUUCUCGUGGAAACUAUAGGUAGGCGUAAAGUACUUCUCAUCGGGGGAAUUCUAAUGACCGCAUCUAAUUUUAUCAUCGCCAUUGUUGGUUGCUCAACAAACUCCGUGAUAGCCAAUAAAGUUAUGAUAGCAUUUAUAUGCCUGUUUAUUGCUUCUUUCUCCGCGACCUGGGGAGGAGUAGUGUGGGUCAUAUCAGCUGAACUAUAUCCAUUGGGGAUCAGAUCAAAGUGUACAGCAAUAUGCGCUGCUUCAAAUUGGUUAAUUAACUUCAUCUGUGCGUUGAUCACGCCUUACAUUGUUGAUACAGGCUCUCAUACUUCAUCAAUAGGAACCAAAAUUUUUUUUAUUUGGGGUAGCUUGAAUGCACUUGGUGUUGCUGUGGUGUAUUUCACGAUAUAUGAGACAAGAGGACUAACGUUGGAAGAGAUUGAUGAACUGUACAACAGGUCACCUAAUAGUAUGCAGUCUGGUGAAUGGAAUAAGAGAAUCAGGCAGCAGUCUAUAAAUAAAUUCUUGAACACGGCGGAUAAGAUAGAAACUGAACACAGUGAUGAUGUACAGAUGACGACAACUACCAACCAAAGUGUCACCAACGUUACAGUAAGUAAUCUUCACUUUGAUGGGGCCCAAACAAAUUUUUCUUCUGAAAAACAAAAAGUAGACAGUAGAAGCAACAAUGCUACUAGCAUGAAUACUAGUUAUGAAACUAGCGACGAUAAUGAUAAUGAUAAUAAAAAUAAUGAUAACAACAACAGCAAUAGUAUUGAAAAUGAUAAUACAGCAGAUGGACGGACUCAAGGACUCAGCGGUAAUCAACAGGCAACCUGUUCAGAGACGGGGUAUGAUGAAUUUACUCCGAACUGUGUUGACCUUGGCAAUGGGCUGGAGCUCAAUACGUAUACAAGGGGACCCCCAUCAAUUCCAAGUGAUUCAAGUGAUGAAGAUAAUUUUGAAGGAGAUGCAGAAGGCAGGACCUUUUCGCAUAGAGGUGCUGGAGAUGCUAAACAUAGGGCCAGUAUAAACGAGUACAUGGCCCAUUUGAUGGACAGUCGAACGAACUCAAGUAAUCUUAAAUAA